AGUCUGUGCAGACGGAAGUGGUGCGAACGGACGGUGCACAGGGCGGAGGCAACAACGGAAGCAGCUCCGUCGGUCCCUCGAGCAACUUCAGCAGCGUACAGGGGCAACAGCCGCAGCCAGCGGCAUCUGGCGGAGCCACAGCCGAAGACGAAGACGUUCGGCGCAUCUUGGAGGCCGAGGCGGCGCUUCGCAGCCUGACGGGCGGGCUACUGGCGCAGGCGGAGGACGAGUCCCCGUGCGGCGACGUGCAGCCCAUGUUCGAGAACCUGUUCGACAAGAAGAGCGACAGCAAGGGAUCGCCCAGCGACCAGCAGCACAGGGCCACCAGCGAGUCCGUGGCCAACUCGUGGAAGGACGUGGUCACCCUCAGUGCCUCGUCCUCGUCCAACGGAAGCGUGCCCGGGGGUUCGCCUAUGCGAUCACCCCUGUCGCCGCCGGACUCGAGCCCAGACCAGCCGGCCGCAUCAACGCCAAGGGUGGCGAGAGAGCAGGAGGAGUCUAUGGACACCGAGAUGAGCCGCGCCGACAGCAGCACCGGCGACGGCCUGACGCCGCCCAGUGCGUCAUCGGGUCGCCACCGGGACGCUGCCAAGGAUGCCGCCGACGAAGACAGUCACCACGCCGAGAGGGGCGCCAGGGUUCCCACACCUGAAGCUGGACAGAUGGCGUUCGCGUCCUCGGCGACAGCACUACCGUCGCUGUCUUCGUCUUCAUCGUCGUCUUCCUCUUCGUCAUCGACCCACUGUCCGGGCACGCCGGACGUGGCGAGCACCACGGCCACGGUCGGUUCGUCACAGUCCUCGUGCUCGAGCCCCGCCGCGCCUGGGGCAUUCGGCGGCAUGGCGCCGUCUUCGUCCGGGGCGGCACCCUCGUACGGCAGCGCCACAUCGGCGGCCGUCGUCAACAGGCUCGACGCGGCGCCCGCCACGACUUCGCUGUCGGCGCGGACCGGCGGCCGGCAGGGCGACGCGUACGACGUCGGCAGCCUGCUCAAGAUCGAGGAGGAGUGCGCCUCCAUACACUCCGUCGUCGAUCAGCCGCGGUUUAAGGUGGAGGAGUCGAAUCGCGACGACUGCUGCCACCGGGCGAGCAGCAAUGGCGGCGGAGUCGCGGCGGGAGUCAGCGGUGCCGCUGGAGGGCGCGCGUUGCGCAGUCCCCCGACCGGCGUCGUCGCACCACGGGGACCCCCUCUCGCGUCGCCCGGGCCUCCGCACAUGUUUGGAAGUGGCGGCGGAAUGCCGCAUGUGCAGGUGAAGCAGGAGCCCAAGCUGGAACCGCCGAUGCGCUACUCGGACUGCACCCUUCAGCGUCGCGAGUUCUCUCCUGCUGCCCCACCGACGGCGGCGGGCGGGGCGUACGCGGGUCCCUUCGGCGCAGCCGCCAUGGCUGAGGUGGCCCCGGAGCCGCCGCCGCCAGCCGCCAGAUACGCCAUGCUAGAGACCAAGCUCAAGCAGGAGUCACUGAAGCCGCCUAUGGCGGCCUACGGCGAGGACGGCGGAGGUGGAAGCGGAAGCGGUGGCCACCUGGUUCCACUUCCGGACGACGACCACCCUCUGGUGAUCGACGAGAGUCGACUGCGGCUGGACGAGGAGGAAGAGGAAGACGACGAGGACUCCAGCUCGCACGCCGCUCUUAUGGACUCGCCACAGAGGACGCCCGAAGGCACGCUCAAAGACAGCAAAUGCCCAACUCCGGGUUGCAAUGGCACGGGUCACGUGACAGGUUUAUACUCGCACCAUAGAAGCCUGUCUGGGUGCCCAAGAAAGGACAAGAUUACACCCGAAAUUUUGGCACAGCACGAAACAAUACUCAAGUGCCCCACUCCUGGCUGUAAUGGAAGAGGACAUGUGAAUAGCAACAGAAACUCACACAGAAGCCUGUCCGGGUGCCCCAUUGCCGCCAUGGAGAAGCUGGCUCAGAAGGAACAGAAGAACGUCACUAAACACCCGCCCACCACCUCCAGUCCCGCCCCGUCGGACCGCGUUCUGCGGCCCAUGUGCUACGUGAAGCAGCUGGAGUUGCACGACUACAAGUACCCGGGUUACGUGCCCACCACUACGCCGCGCACGAAUCUGGCCAAGGAACUGGAGAAAUACAGCAAGCCGCCGCCUCCGGAGUACGCACAUCACUUCUUCCAACAGCAGCAGCAGCAGCAGCAACAGCAGCAACACCAUCAACCGCCGCCACCACAUCAACAGCCGCCUCAUCAUCAGCAGCCGCCGCCACCACCACACCCGCCACCCCAACAGCCGCAGCAGCAGAUGAGUCCGGUCCCGAACCGACCCAUCGCGCCAAAGCCGAAGGACCAGAUGACUGUCACGGUCAAACAGCGCCUCUCACCAUCGCCUCCGCUGGAGCAGCCUCCCGGCGUGGUUGGCAUGGGGACAGCGGCGGUGAACCUGUCCAAGAGGCAAGAGGCCCUCGGGGACCUUCCGCCCGCUCCCCCGUCCGGGGUGAGACACAUACAUCCGGCCCUCGACCUGCCUCUCGUCCCUAGGCACAGUCUGUCCCCGGCGCUGGGUGGCCCCCAGCCGCUCCACCAGGCCGGUGGUCUGUAUCGCGGCGCUGGUCCCGAGGAGCAGACGGAGCCCGUGGACUUCUCGAGGGGCGGGCCGGAAGGGUUCCCCCCGUACCCCCCUGCGUCCCUGCACAGUCCCCCUCCUCCGACCAGGGACCACCUCCAGCCCCUCGCCGGGAGGCCCCCCGCCGGCUCCGACUACGCGGACAAGGACAGUUUACCUGGAUGCGGCCUUCAAGAGCGACCUCCGAUGCAAGGGCCCCAUCAAGAGCUGAACCUGUCCGGAUGUCCGCGGAACAGCAAGCCCAAGAAGGCCGCCGCCGGACGGGAGGACAAGCCCGACGCCGAGCCGCUGCGGUUGAGCAUGUGCGUACAGUCGCCCACGCUCGAUUACCACUCUCCGCCGACCGGCGACAGCUUUUGUUGGAAGGCAGACCGGUCCCAAGGCAAAAGCUGUCCCAUCCCGGGCUGCGAUGGCUCAGGACACGUGACUGGGAAAUUUCAAUCUCACCGAAGCGCUUCUGGAUGUCCGCUGGCGAACCGGAGCAAGUUGAGGCAUGAAGUUGUUGGUGUCGAUGGAAGGCCUAUUAAGACAGAAGGUGCUAGCUGUCCGACCCCCGGGUGCGACGGGAGCGGGCAUGCCAAUGGAAGCUUCCUGACCCACCGCAGCCUGUCGGGCUGCCCCCGGGCCACGCAGGCCAUGAAGAAGGCCAAGAUGGCUGCUGACGACCCCAAGCCUCAGCCAGAGCCGGGACCAGUUGUACCUGGGAUGCCAGGAGGGGUUCCCGGCAUGGAUAACGACGCGGACAUCCGAGCGCUGGAGGAGGAGAUCCUGGAGCUGCAGGAGUACAAUGCCAAGGUGGAGUCCGAGAUGAUCCGCCUGCGCACAGACAUCACCCAGAUGGAGCAGCAGAUUCGCAUGACCGAGAGGGACAACCAAGUGCUGUCUCAGCGGGCCGGCAGCUUGAACGAGUACUACGACUCGCUGAAGCACAACUUCAUCUCGCUGCUAGACCGCAUCCCCCAACUGGAGGAGAAGCCCACGCCGGACAACUUCGACUGCUACCUGAGCCGACUGCAGGCGCUCUGCGUGGACAGCACCCACCGGCCACCAGGGCUCGGGGGACCAAAUGGCUCGUCGCCGCCAAACGACAGCAACCGCGCUCUCUUUACAUCAGUGCGCCAGGCGCUGCACGACUUCACCUUGCCCCUACAGCAACCAAGCGGCUGGAUUCGGUCAUGAGGGUGCUGGCCUCUCUCUCCCACAUCUCCCUUUGCACCAGGAGGCAUGCACGCAUAGCGCAGCGCCUCCAGACGUGACCAUCAUCUUCUUGUUCUUCUUCGUUUUGCCGACAAACACAAAAUGGAGCCAAACAGGGUCAAUCGCAUUCUACGUAGAAAAGGACGACGACAGCAGGCAGCUUGUGAAAAAAAAAAAAACUGUCGGAAAUGGUUCUUCGUGUCUCCCGCAUAGUGAGCCCUCUUUCGCUCUGCUGCCCUUCGUUCGGGUGCCUCGCCGAGCUGACAAGACCAGAGAAUUAAAGGCGCGGCGGAAACCCCGCGGGAGAAAACACGCACGCACAACCAUCGCAUCGUUGAUGGACUCUGCGAGAAAGAAAAAUCUCACUCAAACAAGCGCACUGUGCUAGGAGCUGCUAAAGCAUUCCCACAGCAACCUCUACCCUCUCUGGUUUGUCUAUGUGGCACCGUUUCGUCGCUUUUUUUAUUUACUUUCCGUUGGCUUAGCCACAGUUGUUGCUGUCCUCCGCGCAUCUUUGAGUGUUCUUGCGCGUUUGUUGCAGACGAGGCCCGCGUCUCUGAAAUUGUGUAUAGUCUUCAUAGAUGAUGUGGUGUCAUUGCUGCUUGCAUGCAUUUGGUGCUGCCUUUCUUUUUGUUUUUUCUCGGGUCUCACUUUCUAACUCAUAUCUCGAGUAGUGCUGUGCUUAAAGCAAGCAGUGAGACUCGUUCGAAAGAAUUGUAAACAUGUAGGUUUCUUUUGUCUUUUUUUUUUCACAUUAGGACUGCUCGGCACUCUCGUGUUUGCAGUCACACUAUAAAUGACACAAAUGGAACGUUUUCUUUUACUUAACGGAAUCUUAGAAUAAAUGUGGGGAACGCGCGCGAUGCAAAUGCGCGACAUAUCCGCCAGGUCCCAGCGGCAAGUCCCCUUGCACAUCCAACGGUUGGCCGACGCUUUUGCGUAUAAUAUUUUCUUUCCAAUGUUGGCUGUAGUGAUAUCUGUUGGUGACUCCUUGUCAUUGCCUCAGUGAAUACAUUUCUUUCUUGUCUCGAGUGUACAUAGGAAUCUUUUGUAACAUACUUUAUAAUUUAUGUGACCGACUUUUACGUUGCCUGCGCAGUAUCUUGUCAGAGAUUUGAAACAUGAUUGUUGUACGAACAUGUUCUCUAAAAAAGGAAUCAAUUGUUGACAGGAAACCUAGCACGUUUGUUCAUUGGCACCGCAGGUUCCGUGACCAAAUUGUGCACGUGAAAGGUCAAGCCCUCUGUUGUACAUAUACGUGCUUGUGUUAUGGAUGAAGCUGAGUUGUGAAACAUAUUACAGGGCCUUUUCUAGUUCGCAAACUCGUUGACAUCAGUCUUUCUUCUUUUAUGUGGGUGUCGUAAAACAUAGCAAUACAUGUUCACCAGCAUCUAAAAUUUGCAUGGAAUGCCUUUCUUUCUUCUGCUACCGUGUUUGCAGAUGACCACAUUGUGAAGCAGGUGCACGGUCGAAUAGGAUUGAAAAAAAAAAAAAUAAGAGGCGUGUCUAGCGACUGACCAUGCUUAAGCUAGCAAAUUUUGUUCCACCCUCCGCAUCGUGAACAGCACAAACGCACGUGGCAGAACCUUAUAAUACGUAGCGUGGUGGAUUCCACCACUGCAAAGACAUGCCCUCGCUAUAGGCUACAUGCUUCGUUGGAGAGAAAAAAAAAGUGUGCUUAAUAAGCUCCGGGCUUCAAUGACGGCAGCAGUCUUGGUGGGAUUGUUAUAGUGUGGUGCAAGUUUGCUCGUAGACACAUGGGAUUGUUAUGUACAGCAUGUCCGAAGCUAGGGGUUUCAAGACGCCCGUGUUUCAUCUGUCUUGCCCCUUCAGUGUUGAAUCUGGAAAGUCAUAUUAGAACAGAAAUCUGCACGGUGUAUAACGCAUGCCGAUGAGGCUCUUGCAUUGUGUACAUACGUAAUUUUUAUGCACUCUCCGUUGUCGAGGCUCGCAGAGCAAGUGCACGGCUGCAAAAGCAGCGACAGCGAUCUGCCCCUUCCCAUUCCCAUCACACUUCAGAAGAAAAACGCAAUUUUUCAGCUUCUUUUCAAGUGCUAGCAAAGCCUAAAAUUUCUUGCGCCUAACAAAAGAAAAUAAGCCAGGCUAUACGCAACUUUGUACCUUUCAUUCGCACACUGCGUAGUUCACUGACCAGGAAAAAAAACUGCAUUCACCAGGUCGAAUGGGAAGAAGCUAGGUCGAUUUUGCGCAGUCUGAUUUCAGGCAUACCAAGGGCAGUUUAACACACAACAAACCUUGUCUUCCUGGAUCAUGCACGGCCGUGUUCGAUUCAUCUUCGCGGUUCCGAUGAGUAGCACAACAUUGACACCGAUGCUGCGGACAUCACUAAACUCGUCCGAGUCCUCGGGAACGUGAAGUCGAAUCUUAGUCGCACGGUCUGUCCACAUUGUGUUUGCCUCCAAGAACCCCUCCCAUGCUGGUGGUGGUACGCAGCACAGAUGUGUCACCACUGCCAUAGCAAUGUUAAGUUUCGCGGUACUGCCCGCUUUGCAUCCUACCCACUUUCAGUUCUUGAUGAAGCUAAUAGCUUUUGACUUUUUGCCUGCAGAACAUUCUCUGGAUGUUCACGCGGUCAUGGCGCUUUUCUUUUUGUAGAUAUGUAUACUUAUUGGACGCGCUGUCUCUCGCUCUUUUUCGAUGUCUCUGCCCCGACCCCCUCCGCCCAGGCCCCAUGUAAAACAUGGGUAGCUGGGGCACUUCCCAAAUCUCUGUCACACACACUCCCUCUCUCAUUGCGUUUCCAUGGCCCUGCAUUUUCUCACAACAAUGUGUAUACCGUGCCGGACAGUGACACCAACAUUGUGUACGGAGUCUCAAGCGUGUCAGUAAAAACCCUAUUAUUGUGAAGCCACA